UGAUAUAUAAGUUUAUCAAGUGAGUAGUAUGGAUAAUUUUGUAGUUCCGUAAAAGUUGUGUGUAAAUUUUUUUGCUUUUUCGAGUUGGUGUCUUAUAGACAUGAUAUAAAUAUAGUGAUUUAAAGUUUUAAGAUUAUGUCGUAUAGCUGGCGCAAGAGUAGUUUUAGUAGUGAAUAGUCUGGCUGGCCUCCCGUCUGGUGUCUGGUGGUGUCUGGUAUUGCUUGUUGUGCUCAGUGCAAUCCGCCAUUUUACAGUCGCCAUUGAAAGGUGAAAAUCCAUUUAAAUGUUGAUUAAUAAUAUAUUUGUUGUGGACGAAUAAUUUGUCCAAUAAUUAAGUUGGUGUGGAAAGUGUGUGGGUUUAUUGAGGAGUUUAACAACAAGUGAUAAAACGUCGUGUACGAUGGAGAAGCCAUGACGCACCCGUCGCAUCAGACUAACGGAGCCAGCUUGGAGGAUUGCCACACGAAUUUCUUCGCACUGACGGAUCUAUGCGGGAUAAAAUGGCGGAAACUCGUGUGGGGCGAGAUGGCCGGUGGAUCCGUGGGUACCCCCCUUGAAGAUCCAGUAUUGUCGAGCUUUUCGCGUUGUCUAGCAGGCGAUAUACUCUGUGUGUGGCGACGGGUGGCGGCCACACCGGCAAUGGGUACUUCUGGUACAGGCGCAAUAUUUGACAUGGGAAUAGCACCUUCGCCUGCACCACCACCUUUAUCACUGUCCGCUGCCAAGGAGCUCUGGAUCUUUUGGUAUGGAGAGGAACCCGAUUUAUCGGGUCUUAUCUCACCAGAGCUUAUUGCUUGCCAGAGUGAGCAAGGCUCUUGGGAAAGCGGUCUCUCGUAUGAAUGCCGCUCGUUACUCUUCAAGGCUCUUCAUAAUCUUAUUGAACGUUGUUUACUGUCUCGUGACUUUGUUCGCCUUGGAAAAUGGUUCGUUCAGCCUUAUGACGGUUUCGAGAAACAUCGUUGCAACAGCAGUCAUUUGUCAUUUUCUUUUGCAUUUUUCGUGCACGGUGACAGUACUGUUUGUGCAAGUGUUGAUGUUAGGCAACAUCCUGCUGUACGAUAUCUCACGAGAGCUUGUCUUCAACGUACACAGGCAUCUCAAACUGACGCUAAAGUAAUUCUUGCUCCGUAUGGGCUUGCUGGUACUCUAAUAGGACAAUCGAGUCGUAUCGAUUCACAAUUCCUUGAUGAGUGGAAGCAUUUUUAUCCAAUAAACAAUAACAACAUUGAACCCGGUCUUCCACCUUUCGUGGAGGUACUUGUUGGUGCCGUAAGGAUGCGAUAUCCAUCAUGCUAUGUUCUCGUUACUGACAUGGAUGAUGUGCCUGUUGAAUUGCCACCUUCACCUCCUUAUAGUCCAGCAGCGGCAGCUAAUUAUGACUAUCCAAAUUACAUUCAAGGUGAAACAAAACCAUCGACUGAAUUACCUGAACGUGUUUGGGCCGAGUGUAUACUUGGAUCAUCAUCUUUAUCCACUUCCAAAACAAAUGAAUCUUCCGUAGAGCUUGGUACCUGGACGUUUAUUGAUCCAACUCAAAAGUCUUCCUGCUUGUGUUCUAAGUGCACAACCCCCGGGGGUUGGAAGAGUCUGGCUUCCUCUCAAAAUCAGAGGGAGAGAGUUGAUAAAAGUGGACGACGGGCUGUCGUACCUUUCCAUCGACGCUCUACCAUUCCGUGGGAUGCUUCUUGUCCCUCUGUUCUUGCUAAUGCCCCCAGGUCGAUUUCAAAUAGAAACAAUGAUGCACCUAAUACACCUCCUGAAGGUCCACCCUCUUAUUCUCGAGGACCUCCGACUGGUGGUGAUUGUCCUCCAGUACCAUCGGUUGGUUCACCAAGCUCACCAGCACCUUCACCACUUCCAACACCUCAUUCUGAACCGGCAUCUGUACCACCGUCGGUGGAUCCAACGAUGCCAACGUUGAGUCCUCAACCACCGUCAAGUCAUCCCAAUGCAGCUCCAUCAUUAACAUCAUUACAUGGAUCUAAAUCAGUCUCGUCAACCAGCUGCAAUGCUAGUAGUAAUAAUAACAACAACAGUAAUAACAAUAAUAAUAGCAGCAAUAUCAGUACGAGCAACACUACCAGCAGUAACAAUAAUAAUAAUAAUAAUAAUAAUAAUAAUAACAACAACAACAAUACCACCAGCAAUAAUAAUAAUAAUAAUCAUAAUAAUAAUAGUAAUAGUAAUAAUAAUAAUAACAACAAUAAUAAUAGUAGUUGUAAUAAUAAUCAAGUUGUAAAUAUGGUAACUGAAACAACGUUAAAGCGACCAAUACUCUCAUCGAGAGAAUAUGAAGGUGCACUUUUAGAAGAUGAACCUCCACUUUCUUGGCUAUAUGAUUAUUCAACUCAAGAGGCUUGGCUUAAUCAUCCAGUUAAAAGAUUUAAACCAUCUCCACCAGUUGGUUCACUUCAUCAACGUGGUAAUAAUUUGUAUACCGUAACAAAUUCACCGACAAAUCAGCAGCCACAAAUAACAAAAUUAGAAAUAAAACAAGAACCAGGUGUAGUUUUGGGUGACUGUGCAGGAACUGGUGAAAGACGAAAUGGUGACAGAGAAGGUGAAGAAAAUGAACGUGUAAGAGAAGAAAGUGAAAGAAAUAGAAAUGAUCCUUAUGAAUUUGAUGUAGCUGGAGAUGAGGAAAAUGGUAGUGGUGAACAUGGUGUAGUUGGUGCAGAUGGUUUAAGACGACCACGUGAUGAACCACCAAACUCGGGUUCUCUAUUUACCAGCGAAGGUCUUCAAGUAUCUUAUAAAGAUCUUGAUCAGAUAUUUGAUAAUUCAGAUCCUGAUACAUCAAGUGAUGAAACAAAUUUAAAUCAACUUCAAGUGCAAACACCACCAGGUUCAAAUAAAUCUGGUGGAAUGCAUGAAGAUACUCGUAUUGACAGUAUAACUAAACAAAAUAAUCGUGGUGUAGGUGUUCUUCGUCCUGAAGAAUUAUCGAAAAUGUUUCCAACACCACCCUCAUUGGAACAUAAUCCAGUAGCAUCACCUUGUCAGUUAAAUGAUGUACCAAUCGAUCAAACUGAACUUACAGCACCUCAAAGAUCACUUCGUCAUGCUCCAGACAUUUAUCCAAAUAUGGGAUCACCUUCAGAAGAACCAAUUGAAGACUGGUCUUAUGUUUUUAAACCACCGACAAUUUGUAAACUUGUCGGGUCAUCAAAAUAUGCACCAUUAAAUAAUUUACCCAGCCAAUUUCUGCCAUCUAUUACACUGCCUCCACAUUGCGUAUAUAGACCUUCUUGGCAGUGCAAUAAUAAUAAUUCUACAAAUAAUUCAAACAGUAGUAGUAAUGAAAAAAAUACAUUACAUUCAUCAUCAUCAUCGUCAUCAUCAUCAUCUGUACCCCCAUCAAAAUCUGUUAAUAAUACUCAACAGGAUCAACAGCAAGAACAAUCACGGCAUCAAGAUCAACAGGCGCAGCCACAACAACAACAACAACAACAACUAUCGCAACAGCAGCAUCAUCAUCAUCAGCAGCAGCAGCAGCAACAACAACAACAGCAGCAACAACAACCAUCAUUACCACCACCUCCACAGCAACAACAACAACAACAUCACCACCACCAACAGCAGCAACAGCAAUUGACAACAAUAUCUCAUCAACAGCAAUUAUGUCCUUCGAGUCCUAAUCCCAAUAAUGUUAGUAAUCUUUAUCGAGCGGCAGCAGGAAGACCUCCACCUCCCCCUUAUGAUCAACCAAGUCCUGCAACUUCAACAACUUCAUCAUAUUUAAAUAAAAAUAUAAAUAGUAUUGAUGCAGAUACACCGGGUCCAAUACGUGCACCAGAAUCAAAUUCUUUAGUAGUAAAUAUACUUCUUGGUGAUACUGUUCUUAAUAUAUUUCGUGAUCAUAAUUUUGAUAGCUGCAGUCUUUGUGUUUGCAAUUACGGUCAAAAAGUUGUUGGUAAUAUAAAAGGAGCUGAUGCUGUUUAUUUAGCUGGUGCAUGGACAAGUGGUAGUGGUUUAUUUCAAGAUGAAGAACAAAUAAGGUGCAAUUGUGGUUUUAGUGCAGUGGUAUAUCGUCGAUUGGCUCAUCAAGCAGGAUUGUUUUAUGAAGAUGAAAUGGAAAUAACAGGUAUUGCUGAGGAUCCAUCUGAAAAGAAAAAAGGAUCACUUGUUGCAGUAGUAUCAGGAAGUGGUGGUGGUGGUGGUGCUGGUGCUGGUGCUACUACUGCUACUGCUACUACUGAUAAUAAUAAUAAACAAUCUGGUUCUGAAGAACUUGAUGUUAUCACUUCAAGUGUAUUAGAGCUUCUUCGUGAACAAUGUGCAAUUAUUCAAAGUUCGGCUAGUAGUUUAUAUCGAGCUGCUAAAGAAUACGCAGCUAAUAGAAAUAAUAAUAAUAAUAUAAUUAAUAAUAAUAAUAAUAGUAAUAAUUUAAAUGUUGUACCAACUCUUAAUACAUUAGAAUUUAAUGAUGGUAAUGAAGUGUCUUUAAUUGCAUUAGAACAAGGUAAAUUAAUAGAUGGUGGUAAUUCUGUUGAAAGAACAUUAAGAAUGGUUGGUGUACAUCGAUGGGGAUUUAUAAAAGCUCGUGGUCCACAGUGUAGUGGUGAUAUUCUUCGUAUGAUGCGUACACUUCAACCAUUACUUCAAGAUGCAGUACAAAAAAAAUGUACUACAAGAAUGUGGGAAGCACCAUAUACAGUUACUGGUCCAUUAACUUGGAGACAAUUUCAUCGUCUUGCUGGUCGUGGUACUGAGGAUAGAUGUGAACCACAACCAAUACCAGCUUUAGUUGUUGGAUAUGACAGAGAUUGGUUGUCAUUAUCACCUUAUGCUCUUAGUUAUUGGGAAAAAUUAUUAUUAGAACCAUAUGCUGGACCACGUGAUGUUGCUUAUGUUGUUUUGGCGCCUGACAGUGAAACAAUAGUUAAUAAAGUUAAAUACUUUUUUCGUGAAUUAUCAACGACAUAUGAAAUUUGUCGAUUAGGAAAACAUACACCAAUAACAAAAACAUGCCGUGAUGGUAUAAUGCGUGUUGGUAAAUCAUCAUGUCAAAAAUGGUCUAAGCAACCAUUAGUUGAUGAUUGGUUUAAAUUAUUAGGUGAAAAUUCAAUGGGUGAACAAUUAAGGCUUUAUGCGCAAGUCUGUAGUAAUCGACUAGCACCAUAUUUAACUCAAGUUAUUCAAGAUCGUAGUCUACUAGAUCCUGAUUCAAAUAAUCACAAACAACAAUCACAACAUUCACAUCAUCAACAACAAUCACAAUCACCAUCUGUACCACCAGCUGAAUCAAUGCCAGGAACACCAGACGGUACUGGUACUAAUACUAAUACUGUUAGUGUUAAUAUUAAAACAGAACCUGCUGUUGGUGAAAAUGAAACAGCUCCAAGUGAAACACCAUUAUCAAAUACAACACCAAAUGCUAAUUCAACAAUGGGUAAUGUUACACCGGCUAUUCCGCCUUCUUCACCUUCAAAUACAUCAAUAAAUCCUAAUACUAAUUCAUCAUCAAUAAAUCCUAAUACUAAUUCGUCAAUAGCUAUUAAAACAGAACCUGGUUCGUCAAAUCCAAUGACAACGACGUCGAUUAAUACAACGACAAAUACGUCAACUGUAUCAUCAUCAAUUGGAUCAACAACUAAUACGACAACCUCAACAACGACAACUAUUGGACCGGAUGAGGAAGAAAUUGAACCUCCAUCAAUUGUUGUUUAUAUUGUUGAACCAUUUUCAAUGGGUGGUCCUGAAAAUUCAGAUCGCCGGCGAUUAGCCAUUCUUGCACUUUUAAGAGCAUAUUCAACUGCACUCAAUGCUAUGCCCGAAAAUUUAAGAUCUAAUAUUAAUGUCCAGCUAAUAUCGCUGGAAAGUAUAGUAGAAUUAGGACGAGCACGUGAACGGCGGAAAAUUCAAGAUGAAAUGCGUUCAUUGGCAUUAAAUGUAUAUCUCCAAGGUAGACGGCUAUUAAAUCAUAAUUCAACAGUUAAAAGUCUUACCGGUUUUGGUACUGCUGCAGCAGCUGAUAUUUUCCUUAAAAAUAAAGAUGACCGAAAUAAAGCGGCUUAUCGUUUAUACACACCGGCGUAUGUACUUGCGCCAUUACGAUCAAAGAGUGAAGCACCUGAGUCUUUUGGUAUUGCCGGUCCAGAAGAGUGUGCUGUUAUGUAUCUUAGUUAUUGCUUGAGUGAAGAUCAGUCACAAUUACUUGCAGUUGCGACUGAUGAUCGUGGUGAAAUUUCAGAAUCUGUCACUAUAAAUAUUCAUGUGCCAAAUCGUAAAAGAAGAAAACGUGCAUCUGCUCGACGUAUUGGACUGCAAAAACUUAUGGACUUUAUACUUGGUGUCAUGUCACAAGGCGUGCAACCAUGGAGGCUAGUUGUAGGUAGAGUUGGUCGAAUAGGUCACGGUGAAUUAAAAAGUUGGGGCUGGCUCCUUUCUCGAAAAUCACUUUUAAAAGCUUCUAAACAUUUAAAAGAACUUUGUGGUCAAUGCGAUCUCUUAUAUCCAUCCGCCGCACCAUGUGUGUUAAGUGCUUGUCUUGUAUCACUUGAGCCCGAUUCAACGCUUCGGUUAAUGGCUGAUCAGUUUACACCCGAUUCAAGAUUUAGUCAAGCAUCUGUUAAUUGUCAACUCUCAACACCCCAAGAUGUCACUUGUACUCAUAUACUUGUCUUUCCGACUUCAGCUACGACACAAUCAUCACAAACAGCAUUUCAAGAGCAGCAUAUAAAUGGACCUGAGCUUGGUGACGAUGAAUUAUUUUCAGCACUAAAUGAUGACAUGCCUGAAGGUAUGGAGGGUAUGGGAGACUUUAACGAUAUUUUUAAUGUUUGGCCUGAGGCUAGUGCGGGUGGUGGACAAAGUCCUGGUAACAGUCCUCAUAGACCAGAAGGUUCACCUAUGGGCGGUGACGGAGGUGGUUCUGGUAUGGGAAAUCAUGACGGGCCUGGUAGUCCAUUCCCAUGCAGCAGUACACCAAGGACUGCAAACGCUGAUCAAACGGAAGACGUAGCAAAUCUUCACUUACAACCAUUGGCUCUUGGUUAUUUGGUAUCUACAGCACCAUUAGGCCGUAUGCCAUCUUGGUUCUGGUCAACGUGUCCACAUCUUGAAGGUGUAUGUCCGGCAUUUUUGAAAAACGCUCUUCAUCUACACAGUCCAGCCAUACAACAAAAUAGCGAUGAUAUACUUCAGCAACAGAGUGCAUUAACAGCUCAUCCUCUUGAUUCACAAUAUACUACAGAUGUAUUGAGAUAUGUGCUGGAAGGAUACAACGCUUUAUCUUGGCUUGCAGUAGAUGCAAAUACCAAGGAUCGACUUUCUUGCUUACCGGUACACGUUCAAGUGCUAAUGCAACUUUAUCACAUAAAUGCAGCCCUCGUUUGACCCAGACCCACUCCCCUUGUGGUGCUUUAUGCACACCUCUCUCAUGCACUCAUUACCGUAAUAUCUAAUAACAUUCGGGGGUUUAUGGGCACAAUUAUAUUCAUACGCCCUUAUCUUAUUAAAUUGUACUUUGAUGUCGACAAUUGUUAACGUAACAAUUCGACUGAUUCUCUAUUGAAUCUUCAAUGACAAUUACAAUCACUAUCUAUAUAUUUAUUAAAACAACAACUAAAAUAAUGAGAAAAACAAAAAAAAAAAAACGUAAAAAAACAAAAAAAAAAGACAACUUGAAUGAUAUUUCAAUUAUUAGAGUACUCUUUGUAUCGAUAUUAUUAUUAUUAUUUUUAUUUUUUAUUUUCUAAAUUAUCUUUGUAUACUACUGUAUUUCUGUUACAGUUAGAGGAGGGAGGUCGUAUGAUAAAUAUCGAAUAUAUUAAAUAAUAGUAAUAUUAUUAUUAUUAUGAAACAAGAGAGAAGAGGGGGAAAAAAGGAGGAAAGUGUACGCAUAAUAAUUUGCUAAAAUUGUUGUCUCGUCGUUAAUUUAGAUAGUUCAAUUUGAAUGAGAAAAUGAAAAAAAUAAAAAAAAAUAUAAUAAUAAUAAUAAUAAUAAUAAUAAUAAUAAUAAUAAUAAUAAUAAUAAUAGGGUUACACAAUUCAAGUGUUUUUAAUUGUAAAUUGAAUUUUUGUACAAAGCUUUUAAUUAUUAUUAGUGACAAAGUAAUAUAACAUAUAUUACGUUAUUUUUUAAUUUUGUAUAGAUAAAUAAUUUUAAAAAUUGAUAUUGAAAAAAAGGAAUGUGCAAGACACUAUAAAUGUGUUAUUAAGGUCUUGACGUCUUGACAUUCUUUUUAUUAAAACUCCCAUAAGUCUCUCCCGUAUUUUAUUUUUUUUUUCUUUUUUUUUUCUUUUCUUUUUAUUAAUUAAAUUUAAUUUUUUGAUUGUAUAGAAGCCCCGUGGUAGAUCAAAAAUACAAAUUUAAAAAAAUAAAUAAAUAUAUUGUAUUAAUAAUAUAACAAUGAUAUUCAAACAUUUAUAAUAACUAUUAGAAAUAAUAAUUAUAAUAAUAAUAAUAAUAAUAAUUCGUGAGGCAAGUAGAUCUAUGCCUAUGAUCUUUUGUUAUAAAAUAAAUUUUCCAAAGAAAAAAUAAUUAUUUGGAAGGGGCCUAGUCAUGUUGGCUAAAAAUUUUUGACGAACAAAAGAAAAAAAAAAUGAAAAAGUAAAUAAGUUAAAAAUUAAUAAACGUUUUAUUCAUAAUAGAUUACCUUUAUUAUAACAAUAAAAAUAAUAAUAAUAAUUUUAAUUGUGUAAAAUAUUAAUUAUUUUAAAAUAAUUUAUUAUCGUAAUCUUUAAUUACCGAUGAUACUAGACAAUUAUAAGUGGAAAAAAUACAGUGAUCAUUAGAUAUGAAAUGACAUGGGGAAAAAAAAAAAGAGAAACACAGAAAGAGAGAGAGAGAUAAAUUUUUUCCUCCGCACUUUUUAUUCCACGAAAAAUCUAGAACAAUAAGGAAUUAUAUAAAGAAAUAUGAAAAACUGGAGCAUGUUUAUUUAUUCGAGGGCUAAGAUAUAAAAUUGCGUCAGUUGAAUAGUACAAAAUAUUACUUGUACAUAGAAAAAAAUCAUUAUCCCCAAACAGUUGGUUUAUUUAUUCAUAAAAUCGCCCUCACUCACUUUGUAUCUAUAGUAUUUAUUACUUGGGUAGUUAUUAUUAUUGGGAUUAUUAUAUUACAAUUAUUAUAAAUA